GCAGUCAUCAAGCAAGAUAUUACAGCACUUAACUCUGCUGUAGUAGAUCUCCAGCUUCACUCUAAUGCUCGUAAUGAAAGUGGUAAUAGUGAUACCACUAGUCACUCGUCGACUGUUGUAGAUGACUUGAAGAACAGGCUGAUGACUGCCACAAAGGAGUUCAAAGAAGUACUCACCAUGCGGACAGAGAAUAUGAAGGUUCAUGAGAACAGAAGACAGAUGUUUUCUUCAUCGACUACCAAAGAAGCUUCGAAUCCAUUUAUGCGCCAGCGUCCACUAGCUUCAAGGAAUACUGCUAGUACAUCAGCCAGCCCUCCUCCUUGGGCUAAUGAUUCACCUUCUUCUUCUCAGUUAUUUCCAAGGUGAGGAAAUACACCGUCUUAGCAGUUCAUGCCUUACAGGCCUGCUAUCACUG